GGCGCCGCCGCCGCCGCGAUGGCGGAGGACAGCGAGUCUGCGGCCAGCCAGCAGAGCCUGGAGCUGGACGACCAGGACACGUGCGGGAUCGACGGGGACAAUGAAGAGGAAGCCGAGCUCACCAAAGGAAGUCCUGGAGGGGACUUGGGAGCCAAAAAGAAAAAGAAGAAGCAGAAGAGAAAAAAGGAGAAGCCGAAUUCUGGAGGCACCAAGUCUGAUUCUGCGUCGGAUUCCCAGGAGAUUAAAAUUCACCAGCCUGCAAAACACCACACCAUCUGGCAGCAGAUUUCAGCUGGAGCAGCCAUGGAACCCCACCCUCCCCAUGCAGAAGCUGCAGGACAUCCAGAGAGCCAUGGAGCUGCUGUCGGUGUACCAGGGCCCAGCCAGGAGCAUUGACGAGGCCACCAGGCGCAGAUACCAGUUCUGGGACACGCAGCCCGUGCCCAAGCUCCAUGAAGUCGUGACUUCCCAUGGUGCAAUUGAACCCGACAAGGACCACGUGCGGCAGGAGCCGUACUCGCUGCCACAGGGCUUUAUGUGGGAUACUCUGGACUUGGGUAACGCCGAGGUGCUCAAGGAGUUGUACACGUUGUUAAAUGAGAAUUACGUGGAGGACGAUGACAACAUGUUCCGCUUCGACUACUCGCCCGAGUUCCUGCUGUGGGCUCUGCGUCCCCCAGGCUGGCUCCUGCAGUGGCACUGCGGGGUCCGAGUGUCUUCCAAUAAGAAACUGGUGGGGUUCAUAAGCGCCAUCCCAGCCAACAUCCGCAUUUACAACAGUGUGAAGAGGAUGGUAGAAAUCAACUUCCUUUGUGUUCAUAAGAAGUUGAGAUCAAAGCGGGUAGCCCCCGUGUUGAUUCGAGAAAUCACCAGAAGAGUGAACCUGGAGGGGAUCUUCCAGGCAGUCUACACAGCCGGAGUGGUUCUGCCGAAGCCGGUGGCCACGUGCAGAUACUGGCAUCGAUCCCUAAAUCCCAGAAAAUUAGUAGAAGUGAAGUUCUCUCACUUGAGUAGAAAUAUGACACUGCAGAGAACCAUGAAGCUGUACAGGCUUCCUGAUGCUACCAAGACUUCAGGUUUGAGACCAAUGGAACCCAAAGAUAUCAAAGCAGUUCAAGGACUGAUCAACCGGUACCUGAAGCAGUUUCACCUGGCUCCGGUGAUGGACGAGGAGGAAGUGGCCCACUGGUUCCUGCCCCAGGAGCACAUCAUCGACACGUUUGUAGUGGAGAGCCCCAGGGGGAGACUGACGGACUUCCUGAGCUUCUACACCCUCCCCUCCACCGUCAUGCACCACCCGGCCCACAAGAGCCUCAAGGCGGCCUACUCCUUCUACAACAUCCACACGGAGACGCCCCUGCUGGACCUCAUGAGCGACGCGCUCGUCAUAGCCAAGCUGAAAGGAUUUGAUGUCUUCAAUGCCCUAGAUUUGAUGGAAAAUAAGACCUUCUUGGAAAAGCUCAAGUUCGGCAUAGGAGAUGGGAAUUUACAGUACUAUUUGUACAACUGGAGGUGUCCAGGAACAGAGUCUGAGAAGGUUGGCCUUGUCCUCCAGUAGAUGGAUUUGUCCGUUUCUAGGACUCUGGCGUCCUCCUUCAUUACUGUCUAUUCAGUGGUUCCUGGAACUGCCAUUCCAAAGUACAAGCACAAGUUCAGUGAAGUCACCUAGUCGACAACAACCCUACACUCACAAAGCGUCUCGCGGCCAGUAGUGCAUCCAGAUAGCUAGAACGUGGGGGGAAUGACCCUCUCUCGGCUGUUUACGGUGUGUGGGGAGGACGCAGAGUGGAGAGAACACCCUCCUCUGGGUCUCAGACUUGCAGCUUCUCUGGGGAAAGGAGGGGAUUUUCCAUUCCUGAGAAGUGGGACUUUGCUAUGGACGGAGCCAUGUUACAGCAGUGUGUGCCGGAAACCUCUGGCCGCGAGCCUUUCUCAUUGCUGGGCGGUCCGGCGUGUGUCAGGAAGGAUCCAUGUGGGAAGUGCUUGCCUUGCACAGUUCCCCUGGGAAGGUCGGGACGGACAGCCAUGGAGCCACGUGACAAUGUCCCAGGGGACGGGCACACUCGUGACUCCAUAAGCAAAAGGGCCAAAUGGGAGCGCGCACAGCUUUGAUCCUUAGCCGGCCGGCAGAGUUUUGGGCCCACCUUUAAUGUGUUUUCAGAAAGAACGCGCACGUGUGACUGCCCGGGCUUUGCUGCCAUCGGCAAUCUCCAGUUCCUUGUUGGAGACGUCAAGGAUAUGUGAGCAGAGGAAAUAAAAGCUCUCACGUUAAAAAUCAAGGCCUGGUGGCAUUUAUUAAUGCUGUCAGGACAAAGGUGGUAUUGAAUGUUCUUAUUACUUAUGCAAAGUUGCACAUAUUCCCCCUGUUACCGUGAAAACUUGUGGUAAUGGAAAAUGUCUUUCUUGUAAAUAAGUGUUC